GAGGAGGAGGAGGAGGAGGAGGGAGAAGAAGAAGAUGACGAAGAAGAGGGAGGAGAAGAGGAAGAGGAGGAGGAGGAGGAGGAAGAAAAUGAUGAAGAAGAGGGGAGAGAAGAAGAGGAGGAGGAGGAGGAGGAGGAGGAAGAAGAAGAAGAAGAAGAAUAGUGAAAACAGGGACCUUGAGGCAGCAACGAAAAAAAUAAAUAAAAUGGGUAUGGCUAACGGAGGAGGAGGAGAAGAAGAGGAGGAGGAAGAAGAAGAACUUCAAGAAGACGACGAAGAAGAGGGAGGAGAAGAAGAGGAGGAGGAGGAGGAGGAGGAGGAGGAAGAACUUCAAGAAGACGAUGAAGAAGAGGGAGGAGAAGAAGAAGACGAGGAGGAGGAGGAGGAUAAGGAGGAGGAGGAAGAAGAAGAAGAAGAACUUGAGCCGAUGGCUAAGAGAGGAGGAGUAGAAGAGGAGGAGGAGGAGGUAGAAGAAGAAGAAGAAGAAGCGGAGGACGACUCUUCAACAUUGCAAAAAGUCGGAUAUUCAGACAUUUCGGCCUUGAAUCUCGACUUGCAGAUGAUGGAAGAUGAUAUCGAGUACCUCAAGGAUGAGAGAAUUGCAUGCAUCAUUGGAGAAUGUUCAGCACAGGCGCGAAGACACACAGCUGGGGCUAUCUCUCGAUCAUGCAAUAAUAACUUCUCAAUGCCGUUGGGUGGAGACACUACCACUAGCCGUGUGAGUACGUUGGUAUCAAUGCAGAGAUUGGAUUUGGCAUACUUGAGGCAACAGCUGAAGGAACAAGAGACCAUCGCUGGUAGUUUGCUUGUUUGUGGGGUCGGUAAAGCCAUCCCGGAUGAUGGGACUGUUGCUAGGGAGGUUAGCAUGAGCAGAAUCAUGGGCGCCUGUGGAAAAGUUAGAACAGAUGAGGAGAGUGGCUGGUUGCGGGCGACAGGGUCUAUACCACCAGCUCCGGAGAGCUGGGCUUCCAUUUAUGAGAAGAAGGUCGCAGCUCAUUGUCGCAUAUUGGAGCUGGAGGCAAUGAUCGACACACAGUGGGCUGAGAUGUGGGAAAAGUUUGGUGGCCGAUUGCUCUUGCUUCUGGCCCUGGCUGCUCGUGCUGAGCGUGUGCAGGAUGAAGUUCGCUUGCGUUGCUUUCUGGAUGCAAUCGGGUUCAAGGACAUAACAGCAAGCAAGAUCAGAAAGUGGACUCCUGAGGAGAGACGGCGAUUUGAGAACGUGAAGGAAAGAUAUUUGAUGAACAAAGAGCGGGAGGAUAUGUCAAUCCAAGCAAGAAGGGAGGAGGCAGAGCAACAGAAAAGCAGGCGCCUAGCUCUGAUUGAGGAGGAGCGAAGGCGAAGAAGUCAUCCUGACGUUGCCACACUUCUUCCUUCAAACAUUCUGAAUAAGAGCUUUCAUCGGGAAAGUGGGACAGACACCCCAAGCCACAGGCUGUUGAACCGGCUUGCCACCAAGGACAGGGAGCAGAGGGCACGCAAGAUUGGAGUUCCAGAUGCAGUUUGUCUCAUCGACGAUAGACCGAGACCUGGGUUCAAACUCCCAUAUAGCGUCGAUCCCAAAGUCAUGGGAGCAACCAGCAUUACUCUUUCAGCUGCUCUGGUCCUCCCUGUGGGCAUGUCCUGGGAAUGCAUAUUUGCCAUUGAGAUAAUGAAAGGCCAGGAGAUGGGAUGCUGCAUUGAGAUGACCUUAACGUCUGAUGGCUGCGCUCAGCUGGGGCUGCGGCUGCUGCGGGACACCCCAAAAGGAGUAGUGAGCACAGAAUUGACGGUUGGAAAUACGAAAGUGGCAGAUGGAAGGUUGCGUCUUUCUUCGAACGCGCGGGCCAAGACCUGCGCGGGUCAUAAAGGCUUGACUCAUGAAGUUGCGAGACGCUCCGCAAUCAAUCAAGGCACUACAGGUUGCCUUCCCGAUUUGAAUGCGGAUAUAGAGCAAAGGUGCGUCGGUCUCGGCGUACCUUUGGGUGGCGUGCUCGCGGUCGAUCUUCGCAAGAUAGGAGCGGAGAUCGACAACCGCUACCCCGUCGUCCGUCAACGGAGCUGGUACUGUAGUGUGCAAAUAGGAGCGUAACUCUGCCAUCAAGGCGUUGCAAUGCGGCCUUGGCAAGGUUCCGGUCGAGGGUAGAGGCAUCCAAGCGAAGUCC